GUAAUACCUCAGUUGCAUUCGUUUUUCAUGAUGGAGAAAUUCAUGACGGGUCGUCCACAGCGUAAUCGUCGACAUAGCAGGUGCGUGUGUGUAUGUGAGUACACAAUGCCGACAUGUUAAAUAGUUUACACUGGAUUCAUUGCAUUCUAAUGAAUAAUUUUAGUAUUUAAAUUGUAUGCAAAUUGCUAAUAAUCGUUUUUCUUGUUAUAGUUGUGCUGUUAGCUAACACGAAAUUUCUAUAUUGGCUGCCUGCUGUUUUGUUCUAACUGGUUGAUUGUAUACUUAAGUGCGUUUUAACUGACAAAUUGAUUUUUGGCAUAAAGCGCAUAAUUUGAAUUCAAUUUGGGUAGCUUUUCUGGCUUUCACAAAUUGAGUAAUACAUUGUUCAUCUUUAAUUUGAGUAAUUCUAUGCAAAUGCAUUGAAAUGUAGUCGUAAGAUCAGCAGCGAAAGCCAAACCAAGGAUCGAUAGUGAAUACGCUACUUUUACACAACUUUUGCACAAUCGGUAACCGGGACGAUCCAGCUUUAUACCUGGCCUAGGAUUUAUCCUCCGGCAGAAUUCCCUUUUCAGUUUUUCUUUAGUUUUAAAAGCUAUAACAAUUACUAAUAUAUCAGAAAAAUUAUUAAAUAAAUAAAUUAACAAAAUACUCGUUUCAGACGUGCCUGGCCACCAGAGGAUGACCUCCAUCAAGCGCGCCUUGUGAAACGGCUUUUUACACCCGAAAUAAAGCGUAUGCUUAAGGACUGGCUUGUGCGGCGACGCGAAAAUCCAUAUCCAAGUCGUGAUGAAAAGAAACGCUUGGCCAAUCAAACUGGCCUAACGUACACACAAAUUUGUAAUUGGUUUGCCAAUUGGCGGAGAAAGCUGAAAAAUUCGGAGCGUGAACGUAGCAAAACAUCUUGGGGUCAUCUUAUUAAGCAUUACAAUACGAAUGCACGUGGCAAUGUGGAACAAUUUAGUAUAUCCUCGGAGGAUAGCAUUUGGGGAGAAGAUGAAUUGCAACGGGAUGGGGAUGGGGAUGAGUACAAACGAAGUGAUGAGGAUGAAUAUGCGAGACGUGAAGAUGGUAUUUCUAGUGGCACUGAAGGGACUGUGAGCUCUUCGGGUGGCGGUUGUUGUUAUAAUAUCGCUGACAGGAGUAGGCCUAAAAUCAGUGGUUUUUUGAAAAAUCAAAUUUGUGAUAAACGAAAUACAAUAACAAAUACUUUUAUUACCGUCCAUGAGCCAACAGCAAGUAAUAGCCCUGAUCACAACACAAAUUCAUGUCAACAAUGGAUGAGUGGCGGCAAACAACACGCUACGGAGAAACCAAUAUCAACCGCUAAUAACGCAAAGUACAAACAGAAAAUGAUGGAAAAGUAUCUGCGCGACACGCGUGAUGCGCAAACUGCAACCGGAAUGCCAGAGCAGUCGGUGCCCGCACACACCAGCCGUGAUGAGCUAAACAAAGCUGGCGUGCACAAUAUUGAUAAUACGGCACUGACAAAAUGGUUGGAGAGUGCAGCACGCUUUACGCCCGAUAAGAACAAUUAUUUUAUCGAAUGGAAUGGCAGAACCGGUAAAUUGGAACGUAAGCAGCGCACAAAGCAACUGCGCCGCGUCACCAUUAUACCAGCCAACUCCAGCAUCCUGCAACGUAAAUCUGCUUAUUCCUGCCCUACACAAUUGGAGCUGGAUGCCGCUGAGGCAUUAGCCAAUAUGGCAUUUAACUGUCGACAGCGAAUGUUGGAUUGCAGUCCUGCCGGUGGUGCGAGUCUGAAGACUGUCAAUGCAAUUAGUUCCUAGUGAUAGCUGCUAACAAACAGUUGCAUACAUAUGUACAUAUGAGAACGAAAGAAAGCAUUCCAGUGUAAAUUUUGGGUGCCAAAGACUAUACGAAAUUAGAUAAAUUUUCAUCACUAACAAAUACCUAGACUAAACGGAGUUCAAAAGACAAGUAAAUGUGUGAAAUGAUCGGGUGAAUAAAGUAAAAUAUGAAUAAAAAAUCUUAAAGAAAUGUGUGUGUAUGUAUUUAAUGUUGAAAUGGGUAAAUAUAGUGAUCAAUUAAAUAAUCAGGCAGGGUCUUCAAUUAUUUGAAUUUUUAAUUAACAGGUAUUGGAAUUCAUUCGGAAGUGAAUUGCAGGACCUGCCU